AUUUCCCGCUCUUUCACGGGUUUUUGUUAAGUUGCUUUCUGUGCGAUAAUUUAAGACUCGUACUACGAUAAAGGCGUUGUUCAUGAAUAUUAAUGUAGUCACGCUGUCUGUGCUUUGAAACGUUUAUUAUACAUCCUGUCAUGUGCCUAAUUAAUAUUCAUGACCCAACCUAUGCGCGCGCUUCCCAGCGUCACAGCACGUAUUUAAUAUUCAUAAGAAAGUCCUUCGCCGUAGUAGGAUAGGUAAUUCGCGAAGCGUCUCAUGUGUGAGGUCCUCAGGCAGUCAGUGUGCGCCUCCCUUUGUGCCUCUCCACUCAAGAUGGCUCCCGUUUUAGAGAAGAAGCUACUGGGCGCAGCCGGGACAGGCGACACUAUGGAUAACAGCAACGAGGAUGAUGAAGGACAAAACCUCUGGUCUUCAAUCCUCAGCGAAGUUUCCACACGCUCCAGCUCUAAAUUGCCUUCUGGGAAAAAUAUACUGCUUUUUGGGGAGGAUGGUUCAGGAAAGACAACACUCGUGUCGAAACUUCAAGGAGCCGAGCACAAUAAGAAAGGUAGAGGGCUGGAAUACUUGUACCUGAAUGUCCAGGAUGAAGACCGAGAUGAUUUGACUCGCUGCAGUGUGUGGAUCCUGGAUGGAGACCUGUACCACAAAGGCUUGCUGAAGUUUGCAGUGACGGCCGAGUCGCUGAAGGACAGUCUAGCGGUGUUCGUGGUGGACAUGUCACGGCCUUGGACCAUCAUGGAGUCAUUGCAGAAGUGGACGAGUGUGCUGCGUGAACACGUGGAUAAAUUGAAGAUCGCACCUGAGGAAAUGAAAGAGAUGGAGCAGAGUAUGGUUAAGGCCUUUCAGGAGUAUCUAGAACCAGAGGAAUCCACGCCAGCCUCACCCCAGAGACGAGCUCCAGCAGCUGGGGGAGAAGAUGAGAGUGUGCUGCUGCCCCUUGGAGACAACGUCCUCACACACAACCUGGGCAUUCCAGUGCUCAUAGUUUGCACAAAGUGUGAUGCUGUCAGUGUACUGGAGAAGGAGCACGACUACAAGGAGGAGCAUUUUGACUUCAUUCAGUCACACAUCCGGCGGUUCUGUCUACAGCAUGGAGCUGGUUUGAUUUACACUUCAGUCAAAGAGGAGAAGAACCUGGACCUUCUCUACAAAUACAUGGUGCACAAAAUAUAUGACUUCCAGUUUACUACGUCUGCCUUAGUAGUGGAGAAGGACGCUGUGUUCAUUCCAUCUGGAUGGGACAAUGACAAGAAAAUUGCCAUCUUGCAUGAAAACUUCACAACGGUUCGACCUGAAGAUCCAUUUGAGGACUUUAUAACGAAACCUCCUGUGCGAAAGUUGGUGCACGACAAGGAAAUCAGUGCAGAGGAUGAGCAGGUCUUCCUCAUGAAGCAGCAGUCACUGUUAGCCAAGCAGCCAGCCACACCAACAAGAGGAACUGAGUCUCCUGCCCGGACUGCAUCUGGUUCACCCCGGCCGACAGGUCGGACAGGGCCCACCAAUGUGGCUAGUGUCUCACCCAUGACUGCGGUGAAGAAACCAGACCCCAACAUGAAAGGAGCAGCAGCAAAUGAGGGCGUGCUGGCCAACUUCUUCAACAGUCUGCUGAGUAAAAAGACGGGUGUGCCGGGCAGUCCUGGGACACCAGGGGCGGCAACAGGACCGGGCGUACAAGGCUCUGCCAAGAAAACAGGGCAGAAGCCGGGUUUGACUGACGUUCAGGCAGAACUGGACCGAAUGACUCGUAAACCCGACUCAACGGUAACGGCCAACAACACCCCUGCGACAGAGAACGAGGCAUGAGAGCGCUAACAGCAUUGUCCACUCUGGAAAUCAACAUGUAAUGACAUAAAGGAGAAAAAAAAAAAGCUAUUCAUGACCAAAAUUCCCCCCACCUUGUGUGUCAAUCAGCAAACAGAAAGUGUUGGGAUUCUGUCAGAUGUAUAGGCUCUGAUGUUGUGGGGGAAAGAGAGGUAGAUAUUCGAAAAGAUGCAACUGCUUUUCUUUGUUUUCAUUUCCAGACCCCUUUCUGUGUAUGUUUGUUUGUUUAUUUGUGGUGAUUUAAUUUUUGGUGUGGCAUAGGGCAGGUCAGGUAAUGGGUGCUCUGUCCUUAAGGAGGCAGUCAAACCUCUGAAAUGUGGGGCCUUGCUUAGCUUGGGGAUCGUUUAACGGCACCCAUUCCCCUCCUCCUGACGAGUGCAGAAACACACUGCUGCAUUCAACCAGCAGUCGCUUCAAGUGUUGCAAUCAGCUACAACUACUGCUAAAAGCCUAAAUAUAUUCAUUGAAAACAAGAAGUACUUGCAAAAAGUAUGUAGUGUGUACAAACAGUUAGAUUUAUGCUGAUGUAUUUAUAAAAAAGAAAGCAAAUCAAGCUUUUAUUUUCUCUCUGUGUUUUAUCAGUGAGACGUUAAGCUUCACUUAACAUGGUUAACAUCACUGAUGUCAUGACACUAAUGACAAAUACCCAUUGGCCUUCAGCACACAAGAAUGGCAGACGUUGCCACACCGCCUCUUUGAAUUAUGUAAAUAUGCGCUAAAUAUUUGCUAUACGAGCUUUGAUUUGAUUUUGUAUAAAAUUUGAAUUAUUUUAACAAUUUAUGAAGAUCUAUUUCAGAUGAAACAAGCAUUGAUGAGUAUCAGGCUGAGCUUUUUCUUUUGGCUAUGGUUGUUUUUGGAGGAGAGGGGCAGGGCAGCAUCUUUCCUAGUAUAACUCCCAAGUGCCUGUGUCAUAGUGGAGGUGCUUGUCUCCAAAAGAGGAAUUGCACUGUAGCAUUAACAGUCAAAUUUUUAUUUUUUUUUUGGUCCAGCUUCAUGUAAUUUAUUUUUGUUUGUUUUAUUUUGGAAAUGCAUGUCUGUGGUCAUUGCUUUUUUUUGCUACGAUUACACAUUUUGCUUACUUCAAUGGCCUAGAUCUUUUUUUUUUGCUGCCAUAGGUAGCUUGCCUUUCUUUUUGCGAAUGUCAGCGUCCAAAUAAAACGUGUUUAGCGGGACAUUUUAUCCCACCUCCCAGUUGGAAUUGUGGCUUAAACCACUAGCGCCAUUCUCAUGUGGCCAAGUGAUAGACUGUAAGUCGUGUCUUCUGUUAGUCCUUACAAAUGAGAUCUCAGAUUUAUUUUUUUUUGUUAUAUGUUACCUGAAGACUGUAAAGUGAUUCAUGUAAAACAUUCCCGAUUUCUGUAGAUGACCCUGUAGGCGACGCAUGUUUGUUUCGUAUGCCCUGCCUCAGUGCCCACUGGAAGUGACGACUUUGCCUUCAGUGUAGCGUUCACUGUUGUCACUCCACAUGCUCUGUCUCUUCACUCAGGGUAGUUCUGAGUCCAUAUAACAGCCUUGUUUGUCUUCAUAGUAAAUUUCUCAACAUUUUCUUCCACUACUGAUACUGUAUCAUACUCCUGUUUCAAACUGGUUGUUUUCGGAUUUCCAUUUUUUUUUUUUUUUUUGGUCACUGAAAAUGAAACUAAGUUAGUUGGUUUAGCUUGACAAAUCAUCCACAGACAUGGUGUAAUGUUUUUUCUAAGGUUUUUAACCUUAAUGUUGUAGUGGAGAAACUGUAAAUGGAGCAGCUAAAGUGGCUUUUAAAUGAUCAUUAUAUUUUCAGAUGAAAAAGGAAAACGCAGAGAAUUGGAAUCUGGAACCAAAGAUGUAGAAUCCACAUGUUAUGUCUGUCGAGUAGCUGCCCUAAAUUCCUCCCAGGUGGCCACUCUUGGCUGAGCCUGGAGAAGCCAUCAUUCCAAAACGGAUCCUCUGCUUAUACUGUGGUGGUCUGUGUUCAGUGUCCGAUUGUUUUUUUCCACUAGAGUUUGAAGUCUUUGUCCUUUUUUUUUUAAGCUCUUCAAGGGAAUAGACCACGAUACGUGUAGAGUUUACUGUUGUUUUGAAAUCUGAAAAGAUCUCAUACCAAACUAGAGAUAAGGAACUCGAAUGAAAUUUACAUUUAUGCUGCAUAAUAUUGCUUAACGGUUUCCAUUUACAAUGGGCAGGGCUAAAGCAUUUGCUGAUAUUCAAGCACAACAUUAAGUCUGGAUUAUAUACCUCUUGUUUUAGUGGUUAAGGUUUUUCAUCUAUUCAGAUUGUGUAAGAACUUAUUGGGGCUGCCACUAAUGAAGCCUCUGAUCACAUAUAACAUUCUACCUGCUUUCAAAACUGCUCAUAUAACCUUAAAUGCACUUAAGUGUUUCAUUGCAUCCUCUGCAUUUGCUGUGUGACUGAAAUUUCACCGUCUAAAUAUCAAUGACACAUUCCUGUUAACAUAACUCAUUUUCCCAUUUAAAAACUGAGUUUAAUAAUAUUUCAUGGCAUUGUAACUUUUACUGGAGGUGAAGAACUGUUAAUUCAUCUUAGUUAAAUGAUCAAAAGUAACACAUUGUUAGCUAUUUAAACAUUUUGUCCCCCCCCCCCCACACACAAAGUUUGACAGUUACUGAUUUUAAUAGUAGCUUGGUGCAAAUGUAAACAACUUAAUGAACUAAGAAAUUGAAAAACUAACAAGCUGCUCCUGAAAUGCCUGAAGUACUUGAAAAAGCUUCUUAACUCAGAACCCAUCUGUUUCCCCAAAGGAGAUACACAACGGAUAAAAGGUCUAAGGAUGUCCACCAAAAGAAACAAGUUCACUUGGCUUCAGCCUCAUUGAUUUCCUUCUCUUGGUUGGGGAUGAUUGCAAUUAUAUAACGAACAGCACAUUUUAUAUAUAUUUCAUUCAGACUAGAAUGAAAUUUGAGCGCUUUGUUCUGUAUAAUCCUUCUAAUAUGCACUUACCCCUGUAAGAAAGAAAAUGUUGAGAAAAUGCUCUGGCUUCCAAAAUUUCUAUACAGGAAUUGAAAGACCUUUCUAUUCACAACAACGGACUGUGUUUGUGUGCUAUACCUUAAAGUGAGUCUGAUUGUAUGGCUUUAACUUGAUGCAGUAUGUGGCCAUGUGAAAACUUGCUUUUAAUGCAAACAAAGAUAAGGAAACGUCUUUUUUUCUUUUCUUUUUUUUUCAGUCCUGGCUUAAAUAAAAUACAAAUCCAGACUACAA